AUGGCUCUAUUUUCUUUAGCUACAGCACCAUUCAUAAUGUUUGCAGGUGUUAUCUUGUAACUGGUUAUUUGGGACAGAACUAAAAGUUCAAGCCAAGCUGGCAAAGACUCAGGUGUCCUGGAUCCAUAUGACAAAUCUAACGCUUUAGUUUCAGAUAUAUUAAUAAACUAUAAGACUGUAAUAAGCUUUGGGCCUAAAAACAUUGACUAACUGAUGCAAAGAUAUGCAAGCUUUCUGGAAGAACCAAUGAAGAAAGGUCACAAGUCAUCUCAUUUAUCAGGUCUAAUGUUUGGUUAUUUCCAAGCUAUAAGAUUUUUCUUCUUUGCAAGCAAUUUCUACUUGUCAACAAUAUUCAUUUACGAUCAGAAUGAUGACCCUGAAUAGACAUACAUAGCAAUUUACACUGUAAUGAUGGCAGCUUUUGCUGCAGGAGGUGCCUUAUCUUUAGUAACAUCAUUUACCAAGUCUAUUCAAGCUGCUAACAAAAUUUUUGGAAUCAUAGAAGAUGAGAGUUUUUAAAAAUCUCCUCUGUACUAAAAAAUUUGUCAUUCAAAAUUCAGCCUGGAAUGA